AUGGGCCCCAGGAACUUCGACAGGCCUGGUCAGGAGCCGAGUAAGCGGACUGACGGGGCCCGGGGGUUUGCCCUCUGCACUGCACUGUGCUCCACGCAACAAGCAGGCCUCCCCCUGCCCGUCCCUCCCCUCCCAAACCAACCAACCCCCAGUUCCCGUCAAACUGCUGCUGGGGUUGAGGGGCUGCGUGCCACUGUGCUUCCUUGUGUGCGGCGCCAUUCAGCCUCGUUCCGCCACUUCCGGUUCUUAUCGCAAGUGUCGUCGACGCCUAACGCUUUUCGGCGCCGGGCUCCGCUUGCUGCAGAUCUGGCGUCUCUCGCGCUUCCGGAAGCAGCGUCGUCGAUUUUCCGCUCGUCGGAAGUUGCACCGCUUGCACCCGCACUUGGCGGCGGCAUUUCAGAUUCCCGCGGGGGUUUGACCCCCAGCCUUUUCCCCGCGUCUUCCGCCGCUGCGCCGAUGGACUUCCGCGGGCAGUCGGAGACGGGAGGGUCGGGCGGAGGCGAUGGUGCGCGGUCGGCUCUUCCGCUGCUCAACUUCGGCAUGGGGUCGUCGGGGCUCAUGGCGUCGUCCGACCUCAUGGGCUCGCUGGGCGGCGCUGGCGGCGACGCGUCGCUCAGCAUGAUGGUCGGCCACGCCGCUUUUCAACCGCAGCCCGCUGGUAACCUGCCGCCGCUCAACACGCCGCAGCAGCAGCAACAGCAACAGCAGCAGCAGCAGCAACAACAGUACCAGCAGCCGCAGUAUCAGCAACAGCUUCAGCAGCAGCAGCAGCAGCAGCAGCAGCAGCAGCAGCAGCAGAGGUCGCUCCAGCUGUCGGCGGCGUCUGUCGCGUCGCUCCUCGGCACCACCGCGUCCGCCGCCAUGCCCAAUCUCGUCGGAGCGCCCCCCCCGGGGCUGCUGGGCGUGGGGCCGGGGAAAGGGUCCGGCGGCGGAGCGACGGCGGAGGAGCGGCGCAAUGUCGACUCGUUCUCGCUCGUUCCGACCGCCCCCGCGCGCAGCCCGCCACUCAUGGCCUCCACCGGCAACGCGCCUGACGGCGGCGCUGGCCAAGCAAACCAAGCAACGGGCGGUGUCACGCCGAAGGCGGAGAAUGGCGCAGGCGGCGCGGGAAGCGCUGGGAUGGUGGCGCGCAGCGAUGGCAGCGAUGGGGAGCAGGGCGGGGGAAGCGGGCGCGACGAGCAGGAGCAGGGCGGCGAUGACGGCGCGGACGACGGCAUGGGAAUGGACGGCGCGGGCCGGCCGGUGGGCAUGCGGAGCGGGGGGCGCGUGGGGUCGAGCCGGUACGAGUCGCAGAAGCGGCGAGACUGGAACACGUUCGGGCAGUACCUGAAGAACCACCGGCCGCCCGUGGCGAUGUCGCGGUGCAGCCCGCAGCACGUGGUGGAGUUCCUGCGCUACCUCGACCAGUUCGGCAAAACCAAGGUGCAUGCAGACGCGUGUCACUUCUACGGUCUCAGCGGCCCGCACCCGUGCGCGUGCCCCAUGAAGCAGGCGUGGGGCAGCCUCGACUCGCUCAUUGGCCGCCUGCGCGCCGCGUACGAGGAGAACGGCGGCAAGCCCGAGAACAACCCCUUCGCCGCGCGCAUCGUGCGCGUGUACCUGCGCGACACGCGCGAGCAGCAGGGCAAGGCGCGCGGCAUGUCGUACGAGAAGAAGAAGCGCAAGCGCCAGGGCGCGCAGCCGCAGGCGCCGCCCCCCAGUCAGCCGCAGGCGAUGCAUGGCGGAGCGGGGGACGGCGGAAGGGGCGGGGAUGGCCGCAGCAGCAGCAAGGACCAGGUGGGGACGUUCUCCCCGCCCGCCGUGGAAAGCGGCGUGAGGCACGGCCAGAACGACGCCACCGUCGGCGGCAGAGGCGGCGCGGGCAUCGGGGGAGGAUUGGGCGCGGGGAGCCUGCAGGAGCAGCGCGGACUGGGGCACCUGUUGGGGGCCGGGGGGAACGCGCUGAUGCCCAUGGGGGGAGGGCAGGGCGCACCCGGCAGCAUUCAGCAGACCCAGCAGCCAUCCUCGCUGCUAUCACUCCCGUUACAGAGCCAGCAGCAGCAGCAGCAGCAGCAGCAGCAGCAGCAGCAGCGCAUGGGGGAGACUCAUCAGGGGGCGGGGCAGCAGCAGCAGGGGGGCCAGGGGCUGCUGGAGCAGUUCAACGCGACGCUGCGCAACCAGCUGGCGCUGCAGCACGCGCUGCAGGGGCAGGCGCCCAACGCUCUGGGCGAGCUCAGCGGCGCGUCGCUGCUGGAGCUGGUGCAGCUCGUGGGGGGAGGCGGGCAGCCGCCCCCGCUGCAGCAGCAACAGCAACAGCAACGGCAGCAGCAACAGCAACAGCAGCAGCAGCCACAGAUGAUGCAACAUCAGCAACAACAAUCUCUGCAACAGCAGCAGCAGCAACAGCAGCAACAGCAACAGCAGCAGGGCGGGCUGAGUCAGGUGUUGAGUCGGCUGCUGAUGGGGCAGGGCGCGGGAGCCCCUGGUGCCACGGACCUGCUGGGGCAGGUGGCGGGGCUGCAGUCUCUGCCGCCCGAAGCCAACCUGCUGGGCCAGCUGCUGCUCUCCCAGGCACUGGGCGGUGGGGGCGGCAUGCCCAAUGGGAAGCCGUUGGGCGGCGGGACGAUGGGGGGGAUGGGCAGCAGCAAUGGUGGAGUGGGGCUGCAGAACGGCAGUGGUGGGCGAGGGGGCAUGAGUGGAGGCACGGACUAG